AAGAAUAGGUCCCAGUUAUUUGUAUGUGCUGCUGCUGGGCUUCUCGUAGCGCACCGGCGACAAUUAUACCGCUACUUUUUAGCGCCCGCUUUACCCAUCCUCUGUAUUUAAUGGGCUUUUAUUAAAGUAACCGGCAGUAUUAUUAGACACUGGUUUUUAUCUCACACUUAGCUGCAGGAUGUCAUACCCUCCGCCGCUCAACCGUCAGCAGAUUGGUAUCCCACAGUUACCUCCCCGGAUCCCCCCUCCACAGUACGGAGGAUUCGCCCCAGGUGUCCCGCCAGGUACCCCCAUGAUCCCAGUCCACAUGGGUGUAGUGACGCCGACACCCACAGUUCUGGUCCCAACCACAGUCACUAUAACACAGAAGCCGAUGAUUCCAAAGAAGGAUCCUGGUGGCAUCAGAGCCAAGGACACAGAGGACGGUGGCGGUCCAACCACCACUGUGUUCGUAGGGAACAUCUCUGAAAAAGCAUCUGACAUGUUGGUCAGACAGCUGUUAGCAAAAUGUGGUAUUGUUCUAAGCUGGAAGAGGGUCCAAGGUGCCUCUGGGAAACUUCAAGCUUUUGGCUUCUGUGAGUAUAAAGAGCCUGAAUCCACCCUGCGAGCCCUCAGGCUUCUGCACGAGCUGCUCUUAGGUGAUAAAAAGCUGUUGGUCAAGGUAGAUGCCAAGACCAAGGCCCAGCUGGAUGAGUGGAAAGCCAAGAAGAGGAGUGCCAAUGGGGGAGCCAGUGGUGAUUCAAAAAAUGGGGAUGAAGACGACGAGGAGGUUCUUGAUGAAGAGACACUGCGUCGGGACCAGGCGGUGAAGGGGGUCAUAGACGUCCUCAUCAGAGAGUAUUCAAGUGAGCUCAAUGCUCCUUCGCAGGAUCCCGACAGUCAACCUCGCAACAAGAAGCGCAAAGAGAAGAAAGAGGAGGAGGAUAUCAAUGCCAUGGAGAUGGAGGAUGACAAGAGAGACUUGAUUUCCAGAGAGAUCAGUAAAUUCCGCGACACACACAAGAAACUGGAGGAGGAAAAAGGGAAGAAAGAAAAGGAGCGACUGGAGCUGGAGAGAGAAAGGAGGGAGAGAGACAAAGAACGAGAGCGAGAGAGGGAACGCCGCGACCGCGAGAAAGAGAAGGAGAGGGAGAGAGAGAGGGACAAGGAGCGGGAACGAGACCGAGACCGCGAACGGGAACGAGAACGAGAUCGUGAACGCGAGAGGACGAAGGAGCGGGAACGAGAGAGGGAGAGGAGUCGAGACGCCAGCGAAGAUCGCAGCAGGUCGAGAGAGAGGACCAGAGAGGAUAAAAAACGAGACCGUGAGGAAGAUGAGGAGGACGUUUAUGAACGGCGGCGACUUGAGAGGAGGCUUAGAGACAAGGAGGCAGCGUACCAAGAACGUCUGAAAAACUGGGAGAUCCGUGAGAGGAAGAAGUCUCGCGACUACAGCAAAGAAACAGAAAGGGAGGAUGAGAGGCGUCGUGAAAUGAUGAAAGAAGCCAAAAGACUGAAAGAAUUCCUUGAAGAUUAUGACGACGACAGGGACGACCCAAAGUACUACAGGGGCAGUGCUUUGCAGAAGAGACUUCGUGACCGAGAAAAGGAGACAGAAUUGGACGAGCGAGACCGGAAGAGGGAGAAGGAGGAGCUGGAGGAGAUCAGACAACGGCUGCUGGCUGAGGGUCACCCUGACCCCGAUGCUGAGCUGCUGAGGAUGGAGGAGGAGGCAGAACGCAGACGACAGCCUCCUCUGAAGCUUGAACCCGAGGUGGAGGUGAACCAGGAGAAAGCUCACAGGGAUCGGGAUCGAGAUCGGGAUCGGGAGAAGAGAGGCUCAGGAAGGCCCGUAGAGCCGGCGCCUCGAGGCCCGCCGCCGCAGCAUUCGGACGACGAUGUGGAGGAAGGGGAGGAUGACGACUACCACGACGGCGAGGACUCGCAAGAAGCCAAGCCACAACUUAAACCCAUCAUGCGACCAAUCACUACCGCGCCCUCAGUGUCCUCCGCCAGCGGGAACGUGACUCCGAACACGCCCGGCAACGAAUCCCCCUGCGGCAUAAUCAUUCCAGGAGAGAGCACCCCUGAGGUCCAGCCACCAGAGGAGCACCGGCCCAAGAUCGGACUCAGUCUCAAACUGGGUGCCACCAACAGUCCCAGCCAGCUUAAUGCAGGGAAGCGAAAGAAGCUGGCGACCGUGGAAAGUGUUUUCAACAAGUUCGAUGACGAGGAGGCUGAUGAGCAGCCUCGCAAAAGGAAACUGGUCCCUCUGGAUUAUGGCGAUGAUGACAAGAGUCUGGGGCUGGAUGGGGCAGAAAUUUCAGGGGCCAAAGGCAGCAUCAACACAGAGGAGAAACGCAAGCACAUAAAGAGCCUUAUAGAGAAGAUCCCGACCGGCAGGCCUGAGCUUUUCUCUUAUCCUUUGGACUGGGCCAUGGUCGAUUCGACUCUGAUGGAUCGGCGCAUUAGACCGUGGAUUAAUAAGAAGAUUAUUGAAUACAUCGGCGAGGAGGAACCCACUCUGGUUGACUUUGUCUGUUCUAAGGUAAUGGCACACAGCACCCCUCAGGGUAUCCUUGAUGAUGUUGCUAUGGUUCUCGAUGAAGAAGCAGAAGUCUUCAUAGUAAAAAUGUGGCGUCUAUUGAUAUAUGAAACAGAAGCCAAGAAGAUCGGACUGGUGAAAUAAAGACCUGGAGUCUCUCUGAGUGACUUGUUAAGCUGUCAGCUCUGCUACCUGCAGUUUUGAGGUCCAGCAGACUGUAAACGUGCCCAUAACGCCUCCAUUCCAUCAGCAAGGAGCUGCUGCCUUGUAUGUAUGUGUUUGUAAGAGAAAGUCUGAGUUGUGAACAGAAAGGGUUUGCACCAACAUGCUGCAUGAUAAAACUUUGGUUGUAUUUUUUUUCCUUUGUUGAUGCUUUUGAGGAAAAAGACAGUCGCGUUUCACCCACCUGUUCGCCGAUACGUUGGACACAUUCUGCUUUGAUUUCCUGGUGUUGUAUGGAGGCACUGCUCCGUUGUGUGAACUAAUAAAUAUGCUUUUUUUUAGAAAAUAUAA